AUGGCCGGUUACAAUUUGAAUUUUCCCACUGUUGCUAGUGCUGACAAUGAAGAAUCACCUCAACAAUCAGCAAAAUUUUCAUAUAAAGACAUUUUGACAAGUACACCAAUUAGUUUGCUUCCCAAUAAUUUAGAACCUACAUUCAAUAAUCCUGUAAUUAAUCAAAAGACUCUAUCACCACAGAAAACUUCCGAAACCUCCAAAGCAUCUCUGAAGCAAGUUGUAUCUGAUAUUCCUAUAGUGGAAAAGAAGAAGAAUAAGAAAUUUACAUUGGCAGAUCAUAUUGGUGAAGAAAUAUCAAGGAAAAUCAAUUUUUCAUCCUCUAAUACUAAUUCCCAUGAAAAGUCUACAGUUUCAAAACAAGCAACAAAAACAACCAAAAAGGAAAUUCCAAAGGAUGACAAUACUAAAAAAUCAUUGUCAAAAAUGAAUCGAGUUGAAAAGGCGUUUCUUUCUAAAGGAGAUAUGAAGGGAAUGAAACCAAUUAGAUUGGAAAUUCGUUCUGAGGAUGCAUCCAAGAUUACCAACGAAGAUGUCUAUAAUGCAUUCAUUAAAGCUGUGACUCAUUCAACUAAUGAGGAAUCAACAGAAGCUCUUGUUACAGUUCUUACAAAAAAGAAAAAACCAAACAAACUAAAGAAAUUAAUCUUAAAGGAAAAGGAAAUUAGAAAGUUGCAUAAUAUUGCUCCAGGCGAAUUUUUGGAUGUUAAGAAAUUUUUAAAGAAUUUGAAAGAGGAUACAGAGACUGAAUCAGUUGUAAUUGAAAUAGUACCUGAAAAAACAGAAGAAACAACCAUAUUAGAAAAUUCAAAAACAAUAUUAACAAAAGAGGAUGACUCAUCUGAUGGAGAGGAAAAGCUUGUUGCAGAUGAUGAAAUGGACAUCCUCUCUAUUGCCGAGUCAAUGGAGGUUGUUCUCAAAAAUUCAAAUGAAAGAAAAAUUAGAGAAUAUGUAAAUUACCCUCUGGAUCCUGAUUAUGAGAAUAUCAUUUUUCAAAUGUUGACCAAACUUCAAUUCUAUCAGUUCAGAUUGAAAAAAACAGAUAAGAAAAAGUUCAAACAAAGAUUGAGAUAUGUGAUUGGUAUAAGAGAGGUACUCAAGGGAUUAAAACUAAAACAUAUCAGAGCCGUAGUAAUUGCUCCAAACAUUGAUAAGGUUACUACUCCAGGUGGACUUGACACAAAGAUUGAGGAAAUUAUUCAAAAGUGUAAUGAACAAGAGCUACCAGUAUUCUUUGCUUUGACAAAGAAGAAACUUGGAACUGCCAUGAAAACUUCAACCAAAAUUAGUCUAGUUGGUUUGUAUAGUAUGGAUGGUGCUUUUGAUGAAUUCAAGAAGGCAAAACAAAUUGUGGAGGAAAAAUUACUUGCCAUUGAAAAACAAAAGAAAGAGCAAAACAGAUCCGGUUCUGUUUGUACAGAACAACCUGGAAAUGUUGAUUUGAAGAAUUAG